GAAAGCCCUAAAACCUUCGUCCAGCAACUUGAGAAGCUUCUCCGUGGUUUGUCAAUGGCGAAUCUUCCAAUUCUUCAAUUUGAGGAGAAGAUUAUAGAAACAGUGGACCAGAAUCCCGUGGCCGUGAUAAUAGGAGAGACUGGUUCCGGGAAGAGUACUCAGCUCUCACAGAUACUCCACAGAAGAGGUUACACUAAAUCAGGAAUUAUUGCCGUUACUCAGCCUCGCCGUGUCGCCGCCGUCUCUGUUUCCAGACGAGUUGCACAGGAGCUUGGUGUGAGGCUUGGAGAGGAAGUGGGUUAUGCCAUCCGGUUCGAAGAUAGGACUUCGGAAAAAACACAAAUCAAAUACCUUACCGAUGGAGUGCUCCUUCGUGAAAGUCUCUCAAAUCCCAAGCUUAAUCAGUACUCUGUUAUCAUUUUGGAUGAAGCUCAUGAAAGGAGUCUAAACACGGACAUAUUGCUGGGACUGAUGAAACGGUUGAUUAAAAUACGUACCUCCAAUUUGAAGGUUCUGAUUACAUCAGCAACCCUUGAUGGAGAAAAAGUAUCAAAGUUCUUUUCGAACUGCCCUGUGUUGACUGUCCCAGGAAAAUUACAUCCUGUUGAAAUAUUGUACAGUAAGGAACGUCCAACAAGCUAUAUCGAGUCCUCUCUAAAAACAGCUAUUGAUAUACAUGCUCGGGAACCAGAAGGUGAUGUCUUAAUAUUUAUGACUGGACAGGAUGAUAUAGAGAAGCUAGUAUCAAAGUUGGAGGAUAAAGUUCGAAGUCUGGAGGAAGGAUCAUGCAUGGAUGCAAUAAUCCUCCCGCUUCAUGGUUCCUUGCCACCUGAAUUGCAGGUGCGCGUGUUUAGCCCUCCACCUCCAAAUUGUAGGCGAUUUAUUGUUGCCACAAACAUUGCUGAAACUUCUCUAACUGUUGAUGGUGUUGUGUAUGUUAUUGAUGCUGGUUAUGUAAAGCAACGGCAGUAUAACCCUGCAACUGGCAUGUAUUCCCUUGAUGUUGUUCAAAUUAGCAAGGUGCAGGCUAAUCAACGUGCAGGAAGAGCUGGCAGAACACGCCCUGGAAAGUGCUACCGCCUAUAUCCCUCCAGGGUAUACAAUGAUGAGUUUAUUGAUGUAACAGUUCCUGAAAUACAGAGAUCUUCUCUAGCUGGCAGUGUUCUUUAUCUAAAAUCGUUGGAUCUUGCUGAUAUUGAUAUUCUCAAGUUUGAUUUUCUUGAUCCCCCUUCCUCUGAGUCAUUGGAAGAUGCCAUAAAACAACUAUAUCUGAUUGAUGCUAUUGAUGAAAAUGGAUCCAUCACAAGCAUUGGACAGACAAUGGCUGAGCUCCCAUUGGAACCCUCACUUUCGAGAACCUUGAUAGAGGCAAAUGAAUAUGGUUGCUUAUCCCAGGCAUUGACUGUCGCUGCAAUGUUAUCAGCUGAAACAAAUUUGCUUCUUAGUCAAAGGUAAACUCACUUGAAAUUCAUUUAUGAGUAGUUUUUGAUGCUAAUGCUGCUUGUAGUUUUCAUUGUCUACUCAGAUUUUGACAAACGUUUGAUAGACCCUCUGUACUUAUAUUUAAAUUAAUGUCCUAUUUAUCUGCUCAACUGAAAACAACUAGUCUUUCUUUUCAUUAAUUCGAUAUUAUGGUUUGAGAUUUCUUUUGGGUCAGUCAAUUAACUCUUUCUUAAUUCUUUGCAAUUGUUCUAAUUGAUUGACUGGGAAUAAGAUGAAUCUAUUUUC